AUGGGGGAGUCAGUGGAAGCACUUCCAUUUUCUGUGGCAAACAUCUUAAAGGACGAUCUAUCUAGAGGAGCGAAGAAGAAAGGCCAAUCUAACAGCAACGCCAGCAAAGCUUUGACUCUUGCUGAACGACUUGCAGGUUGGUGAAGAAUAGCUGUGGUUUAGGAGGGCGUUAAGCCAGAUUAGUGUGUAAGAAUUCUCAUAAGCUACUUACAUGCUGCUGAAAUGUUAAAGCACCUGAUGAAAUGCGAGUCAUUAUUUGAGGCCGGGAUUGUACCAGUGAUGCUAACUGCCCUUCAGUUUCGUUCAAACCAAAGAUCCAUGUUACAUUUAUUAGAAAACGUCGAUAUUGUUUUUCCAGCCUGAAAUGGAAGAAAAUUUAAGAUUUUUAGCAUCAUUUAUCUGACAUCUUAAACGUCGGCUGACCUUCCCAGAGAUGUGUUUGCAACACCCAUCUAAUUAUGAGUACUUUCUACGAAUAUAGAUUCCGAUGACUAGUAAUUGGCGAAAACGGUGAUCAAGAAACUACUUGGGGCCGUUUCAUGGAAACAAAUUUAAGUAGAUAAGUGAGCUUACGAAGAAUAAUAAAUAAUUUUUUUCGUUUGCUUUUACUGAAUAGGAAGUUCGGGUGAUACCAGAAAAAAUGAAAAUAUGGCCGCUGCCAACGGCCCCAAAUAGCGAUCAAAAAAGUUAAAACUCUCCUUCAAAUGUCUCCAUCACGCGCGUCUAAUUUAUGUUAUGUUGUGGGAGCAACGGCAUAGUGAAUCCUAUAACACUUUCAAAGAAGUUUAAACAUAAAUAUCACCGGCCGUUAUAGAUCGGCAGCAUAUACGUAAGACGUUUAUCUAGUAACUGAAUGGAGAUCUCAAACGUUUGUACAACACUGUACAUCAGUAGGCAACACUUCACUAUGGACCUAAGCACAGAGAACUUUCAUCAACCUACACUACUAUUCAUGUCUGUUUUCAAAGCGUACUUCAGUGUUUCUGAGUUAAUUGGGGUUCAGUGGUACUUCAGUGGUAUUCUUAAGAACAGGGGUGCUAAUUUUUUUAUAGAAUAUUCGAUCAAAUCAGCUGUUUAUAAUACAGGCGAAGAAGUCGGAAACCUUUCAUCGACAGAACCGAAUUAAUCCUACCGUGAAAAUAGUACCGGUCACAUUCCAGUGAAGCCAUAUCCUGUCAAAGGAUUAUUAAUUGCUCAGAGCCUUUCUGUACUGAUAACCGUCAAUCUAAGGGUACCACAUUAGAAGCCUCCUCUAUUUUGUUUAAUUGACUCACCAAUUAUCCAACGCACAGUCAUUACCGAUCCUUCAUUGAGAUAAAAACAUAAUUUGUAAUCAUCCUGCAAACGCAUUUGUCCGUGAAAUAGAGAAGGCGCCAAAUUUCUUCAAUAAGCAGAAGAUUAUUCGGAGAUAACUAAAUGUCUUAUUUAUCGCAUGCAGUUGGAUUUAAAUGAAAUAAGAACUCAGUCGUUGAAAUUUUUUGCGGCAACUUUUUUUAGUUGCAACCGACAAAAGAAAGCCAAUUACGCUUGUUGAAAAUUGUCAGUGAAUUUUGCACCAUUUCAUUCUACGUAUAACUACGGUCUGUAAUAGAUUACUAGAACUUUCUGCAUAAAAUAUUACAAUUGGUGAGGUGUUGAAUCUGUAAUCGCAGUAAAGCAAAUCAUACGUAAAGCUAUGCACUCGGCUAUGUUGCAUACGUAAAGCUAUGCACUAGCUAUGUUGUGUUUGGCGAGUAAAGUAUGUGGUUUCCUCAUGUUACUUGAAUUUUAUGAAAAGUUUCGCUGUACAGUAUAUGCAAAGAUGAUUGCUGUGUGUAGGUGGUCAGUUGUAAUGUUUAUCAUGCAUGACAGUUAUAGUCCUAUGAACAUGUACUUAAGCAAACACUGAUCAAAACGAUUUCAAAAACUGCUAAGCGCAUAGCUGACUGACUCAGUAACGUUCUAUUUCCAUGCUCAGAUGUGAUUAUGGACGCCAAGAUUAAUGCAGAAGGCGGACUAAGUCAGAAACGACGGCGGACGCGCACGACAUUCACACAAUAUCAACUGAAGACCUUGGAGAAUACAUUUUCACAUACGCACUACCCUGAUAUUGUGAUGAGGGAACAGUUAAACAUGUGCACAAGCUUGCCAGACUCAACAAUACAGGUAAUAGUUAUUUCCUUAGCCAAGACUGACUAUUUCUGAGAGCAAUUAGUUGUAUGAUUGAGUCAUUACUCGAAUAUAUGCUUUUGGUUAGCUCGCAAAAUUUCAGAUUUCUACCACUCGGCUCAGGUCACGUUUUGUUAUCCGUUUAGUAUCUUCGCUGAAUUUUUUGGGGAUGGCGAUUUGCAAAGGGUGUUCAUCUUAUUCAGGUGCAGCAACAAGUGCUAUUUAAUCCCCGCAAAACAUACAUGCUAAUGAGUAUGGUACGUAAGGGAUUGUAUACAGCCCAUGGAAUAAUUAAGCAAACACGAAGCAAAGAAAUAUUGAUCAUGUAAAAUGAAAGUGACACCCAAUCUCCUGAGAUAUUUUGAAUCAGGUCAUUGACAUGAUGAUGUGGAAAUUAUUAUGUGAAGGAAGGAAUAUCAUACAUUGUGCGCUAUUUAGGCAAGAUAACGAUCUCUUAAACUAAGCUAUUAUCCAACAUCGUCUUGCAGAUUUGGUUUAAAAACAGGAGAGCAAAGUUCAGGAAGCAAAAGACCAGCCCUGUCAUCCCUGUCAACAGAAGAAAAAACUUCAAGAACUCAGGGAUGCAAUUUUAUUUGACUCGUUCAUCAAGUUUACCGUUCACGCCAACUUUCUCGCCACAAGGAAACACCCCUUCAAACACUGGGCAAAAUAAAGACGAGAUGCCUCCCUUACCACCAAUCACAGCGAUGUUACCUACGCUGACAUCUGCUUGGAAGCUCGUUUAGAACCCAACGAAGGUGUUUUUUCACCCCCCCCCAAAAAAAAAAAUAUAUAUAUAUAUAUAUAUAUGAAUGAAUGAAUGUAGGGGUUGAGUCUACCUUGGCAUAAAGUGCUCAAUGCUGUGGUAGUAGAAUGUAUAAUUUAUAUAUAUAUACAUACAUAUAUAUUACAAUCUUUUUUUUUUUAAGAAUACACGAAAAAGUUAACGUAAAACAGCAAUGUUUGAUGAUCGAGCAAAUUCAGUGACCUUUAAAUGUCAUCAGGAUGCAUGUUCGUUUAAUUUUUUCAUAUCAUAGUGAAUACGAACAAAGUUAAUAUUUCAGUUCUUUCCAUCAUCAAGAAGUAAAUUCUCCAGUUUAAGUGUGCAAUGACCAGAAAUGUUAAUGUGUAAAUCAUCAACAGCAAAUUUACGUUUAAGAAUUUAUUUACUGUUUAAGUUCUUAGGGCUGAGAGGCUAGAAUGGUUGAUCUGAGUGAGCAGCUUAAAGAAAGCAACUUUUAUGAACUAACUGUCAAAAUACUUCGUUACUUAAAAAAGAUUAAUUAACGUUAUAAAAUUUCUACUAUUUUACGAACAGUUGCGAAUUCUUGAAAUCAUCUUAUCCCUGUAUCACCUUUCCACUCAAAGGUUAGUUUGUGCUUUCAUGUUCCUGUUUUAACUUAUUGUGAUAUUCUAAUUUUGCUAUCUUUGCUGACCUUUCGGACACCUACACUACGUCAAUAAAUAUCAAUAGAGAGCUGACUUGGACCGAUAACUUAGUAAAAGGUUUUUUUCUCGAAAUGCUAUAAAUUUACUCGCCUCCCUUCGCGUUGUUUUCAGAUCUUCGGUAGUUAUUGAGCCAUUCCGACUUUCCGUUAAACAAACUUUAAAAAUAAACUUUGUAACUUUUUUGGCUUGACACGGCAAAUAAUUUAUCAUCAAUCGCAGCCGAAAGGCAUGGAUGAACACUCCAUUUUACACCAAGCUUCAUAAUUUCCAGAUUUACUCGAAGAGCACGAAGAAGAGUUAAAAAAGAAGCAUCAUAGUUAAUCAGAACUGACAGCACCUCUUAGUUUUAUAAUUUUGCCGGUAGAGUACGCUGAGUAGCUGUCUGACCUCUUGUCUAUUUUUCAGCCACGUAAAAAUUGUGAACUCUUCGUAUUAAUCUUAUUUCUUGCUCGAAAUCUUUGUAAUUGCCUCCACGCUCCUUUGUGGUCAAUAUUAAAAUAUUUUAACAGUUUCCCAAGUAAGAGCAAACGUCAAGCAAAACUUAACUCAACGCACAAAUAAUCAAAAGCAAUAUCAGUGGGGGUGUUCGUCCCUCUCACCAUCUUUACGAUAGGUUUCACCCGUCCCUCCUCUUCGCUCGAAAACACCACCGACAGACUUUGUAGAACACUAAGAGACUUCACAGAGACCACGAUGAAAGCUAACUUAGGUUGUUAUGGCAUAUUUCAGUUCAACUUCCCAUUGCUUUGACCUUACUAAUACUAACAACUAAGGACGUCGUCGCUAAGGGAGAAACCUGACCAAAGCUCUCAGAAGCAAGAAAAUGAGCUAAAUUUCACACUGGUUAUGAUUCUCUUUCACAAAAUUAAUACAAAUAUACUUUCGUAUUUUUCUAGAGAGUAAAUAGCUAGUUUUUUGUGUACAUUGGGAAUAACAAAAUGAUCGUUCAGAUCACAGAGGGCAAGUCUACUGAGUUCCACGUUGUUUUGCUUCAUUCUGUUUCCGGUUACAAGAAGGGCUUAAUCCUAUGUGGUCUGUGUUAAAUUCAAUGAGACACAUUGCAUGGCAAUUUACGCGAUCGGCACUCAACGGAUACGCCGUUUACCAGGGUUUCUAACACUUAACUGAUUUAAAGAUAUGAUUCACCAACAGGAAAGCCUUCACCCCCGCGUUUCCAACCAACAAUUUGAAGCAGAAAUCACUCCGUGGAUUUUCACACCCUCCCCUUGGGGUAACGAAAAUGAGAUUAACGCAAUCCUUUGAAUAUUUUCAAAACCUCUAAGGCGAUAAUGAACACUUAGGGAGUGACGUUGAGCCUUUGAGCAGCUUUGACAGUAACUUUUUAUGCGAAUAAUGAAUGCGAAGCAGUAGAGCUCGAAGCUUGGGAGCUUCGAUACAACGACAUCUCAUUCCCUGUAAAGCCAGUAAUGAAAUCGCAUGAUUUUCGCCGCAUGCAAUAUGCGUUUCCUGUCUGCUAAACAUGCACGUUGAUCACAAGUUAAACAGAAUAACAUCAGCACAUUAAAAAUAAAAAUGGACAUGGGCAAAGUUGAAGUGGCCGACACGCUUCUUAACCCUAUUAACAUGUACUUAGAAAUUGGACUAAAAUAUUAACAUGGAACAAAGUGUUUUCGAGCAAGGACCUUCUAAAAUGCCCAAAAAAAUUAACUAGCACACUAAAAGUUAUGCAAUAAUCCCUCCACCGUUACGUUUUGUGUACACUAUUCCAAUUACUAUAAUUACGUUCAACGCAGGAGGUCGCUGACAAAAGGUGAGAAAACGUGACAGGAUAUUUUUUUUCUUUUUCCUUCACUGUUCCCUAAAGAAAGAACAUGGCCAAGGACAUAACAAAACGACGUAUACUGAGAAGCUUAAGUUCAAUAUGUUUACAAAACAUCCCUGUUUUUCCUAGCACUUCUCAGAAAAAAUAUUCACUCUCCAUGUUCCAUUCCCAUUAAAAGGGAUUAGAACAUAAGCUAAAUGUUUUGAAAAGCGAGUAAUGGCUUCCAAUAAGGAUUCUUUUCUACUUCAAUUAUGCACUUCUGUGGGGGACCUAAAUCGGUGCUUUUCAUUUCAGUACAAAACGUCAACAGUUCACUAAAGAAUACGUUUAUUACAAACUCAACCAGUAGAGAGGAAGGGAAGAGAGGGUUAAUUCUCAACACAGUGCAAAGCCUUUAGCAAGUAUAUAAUAUUUGUUUUCUUUGGAACACGCAGAACUUCUCAAAUGACAUUAUUUCGAAACGUAACUCAGGAAGCCUAAAUUUAAUGGAUGAAAAAUUGCAUACAAUGGUAUUCAAAACCAGUGGAUAACCGGCCCAUACAAAAGUGUGAUUUACGGAUCAGUAAUAGCUCCCGCACAAAAAGAUUGCGCUAAUUGGUUACCACUACAAUAACUACCUUUAGGUGGGGUACAGUCCGUUCUAAUUAAAUUACCAUCAAUCACGACGACAGCUCGGUACUUUCUUGUGUUACAGAAGGGAGAUUUGGAUUACUAAUCAGUUGCAUCUCUUAGAUAAGUCACAUAACAAGCAUACGACUUCUACUGUGCACAAUUUUUUCUUCAUUACAUGUCAACACUGGAGUUUUAGAAGUACUUUGCUCAAAGGUAUGACCUUUUUUACGCUCUUUUCGAAAUGGUGGUUAAAGAACUCGAUAUGCGAGCCUCACGGUCAAUAGUCCUGCUUUCCUGAGUUAUAAAAGUUUCAUCUUCCGACUUCCUGAUUUUUGUAAUGGCGCUAAAUCAAGUUAACGUAAGCUUCAUGUUUUAUACCUUCUGCGAAAGGUACGCUUGUGAGCAAGUGUUCCUAUUUUCUCUUCUGUUUUACCUCGCUUAAAGAGGCCAAAAUCCAUCUCCAGGCUCGAUAGCUUGUUUAUAUAAGCUUAUCAUAUGAAACAAUGCAAUAAUUCUUGAAUUCUGAAUGGCCGAGCCAUGGGAAUAUUACAAUGUGGCCCACUUAGUAAAUUGUAUACAAAAUAAUCGCAUUAAAAUACCGUUUAAGACCCGUUUUUCACAAUGUAGGUGCAUUUUAUAUUUAUUUGUUGGGUGAAUGCCGCAACUGGUAUUUUCAUCACUAUAGCACUAUUUUAAUGUGGAAGAAAGCGUCACUCUCUGGAUCAUACAAAAUACCUGGCGAUCAUUCAUUUAAACUUAAGACAAAUUAAGAAAGGAAAUUUCGGAUUUCUCGCUUAACACAGAAGUGGAAAUUAUCACAGCAGGCAAAAAGCCAUUUUCCCAACGUGACAUUUACCAGACAACUUAACCGAAGUAACAAAAACCCGCACGACACCUCUUGAGAUUAAAAAUCCAUGUGAUGUUCUCACAAAAGCAUUAACAUUAAUCACUAGUUCAGUCUCCUCUUGCUGUAUUUUCCAGUGCGGCUACUGAGAGGUAGGCAACGUUGACCGUACUUUAUCGUUGAUCUGAAGUAAACGUCACACGAUGGACUUAACAUCAUCAUUUUCAAUCGACAAUAUAUUAAGAAGUAAUCCAUCUUCGAGAAAUGCCAGACAGAUGUUUGAUGAACCGAAGGCACCGCAGGCUCUCACAUUAGCAGAGCGCUUGGCAGGUAUGUUACUAAUACUUUUCAGUCUAUUUUGCUUCGAUUGAAAGACCCUAGAUAAAUCAUUCAGUUGAUUUAAUGAUAAAUGCAGCAAAUCGAAAUCUUUCUACUGUAAGCUCUUUACGACCCUUGAUUCAGAGCUACUGGGUAUUCAAAUACUUAGACCAUAAACAGAGCAGCGACUCCAACUUCGACAAACUCCAACUGGCGAACGACGACCACACUUUCUGUAAACAACCGUCCUCGGCUUGUAAAGACCAUUGUUUGUGUGUUGAUCGAAACAGAAACCCAGAGACCCAGAAACAAAGACUGUUCCCCAGAAGGAUGGCCAAAUUACGUCAUUUUACACUUCUAAAUCUUUGCCUUUUCCUUCAGAGAAAGACACUGGCAUUGCAUCGUCACAUUCGAGUAGCAGUAAUCAUGAAUUGUGAAGAAGCACAUUUUCAUAAAAUUCCGAGAAGUUUCGACAAUUUCCGUUUUCCGAACAUUUCUCAUAUCGUUUAAGCUCUAAACCUGUUUAUCUUCAAAAUUUUAAAAUGUGACAUUUAACCUCUUCACAACAUGGUAUUCUUUACAAUUCAGAGGGAUUUACCUUUGGAUCUACCUUGUCAUCACUUUGCAACCAAACAUUUUCGAAAGAAAAAAUAAUUUAAGUGUUCACAUUGCAGAUAUAAUCCUAGAGGUACAUUACAGCUCUACAAGGGGAAAACACCGACGUUCCCGCACAGCUUUCACGUAUCAACAGCUUCAGCUUCUUGAAAACACAUUCACAAAGACACAUUACCCGGAUGUGGUUAUGAGGGAACAGCUCGCAACUUGGACAAAUCUUCCAGAGUCAAGGAUUCAGGUACUUUUAUUUUUUUAAUUCAAUACCUGCACGGAAUAGCAUACCCCAAGUAAAAGCGGCCUUCUGCUAUUGGAAACGACAAGACCUGAAAGCCCAUUUGUAAUUAAAUUAUGUACUCUCAACAAAUACAGGGCAAUGAGUUUUAGAAAGUGAAAGAGUACACUAGGUUUGUUGACAGAAAACCUUCUGGCGAUGGAUUUGGAAUAGUAAAAUAUUCUUGUUGAGCAACAAAAUAUUUUUAAAACCCUACUAAUGACCGAAACAUAUCAAAUGAAAAAGUAAAAUUACAAACUAGCUCGAAGGAUUAAAAACAUUUGUUUGUUGGUUUUCGUCCCCUGUGUGGCAUGCAGUUUUCGUAUGGGGAAUAGUUGGUGCUUACAUACUUGAUUUCCUUUUCGCGACUACGGGAUGUCUCGAUUUGCUAGACCAUGUUCAUUUAAUUGCCAGGUGACAGCCCUUUUUGAUGAAACUCAUUCGACAAUCAUUUAUCAUCCGGCAGGUUUGGUUUAAAAACAGACGAGCAAAGUACAGAAAGCAAGAAAAAGUAACAAAAUUCCCCAAGCCAAGCAACCAUAGCAGCACAUCUUACAAAUCAGAUAACCAUGUCAAAAUCAGCAUUCAUGAUACAACUGGGCGAACUUCUAUUCCUGUUCCUCCAAGUAUCGCCAUUGGUGGGGAGACCCCAUCGGCAGAAACAAGAGAAGUAGCGACUGCACUUGGAUCAAGAGCGAGCCCUGGACGGAAUUCAAAAGAAGCUGCUCAGGUGUUUUCCCACCAAAGACAGCCGUACACUUUUGAACAAUAUCCUGUUAGGCAGUAUGAUACUUCCUGGCAUUGUUCCAUGCCAGCCACAUACACAUCAACUCAUGAUUGCUCUCUCCAUGGUUGCCGUGGUAACGAAGUCGAUACGAGUGGAGGUCAAAAGGAAUUGAAUUCACGCUGUAUAAGGAAACCAACUUCAUCUAGUGUUGAUCUAUGGCGUUCUCAAGCAGGAUUACGAAAUGGCAUUUGCUCAGGUCCUGUCGGCUGCAGGCCGUAUUAA